CUUGUUCACCUCUCUAUUUGGUCAAUCUCUGAGUUUCUGCAGGACCAAAGGAACAGAUUGGUUAGUGAAGGCAUUCUAGACUUCUCCAAAUAGAAACAGAAAAAAAGGAAGUUCUAUAUCAUGUCUGUUUCAAAAUAGUGAAACCAAAAAGAGUCUCAAAAUGCUGUCAGAAGGAUACCUCAGUGGACUUGCCUACUGGAAUGACAUCCACUGGAGUUGUACAUCAUAUAAUGAGCAGGUGGCUGGAAACAGGGAAGAGGAGACAAAUUCUGUUGCUGCUCUUUCUUAUUCCUCUGUGGAUGAAACACAAGUCAGAAGUCUCUACGUGAGUUGCAAAUCCUCUGACGAGUUUAUUUCUUCAGUGCAUUCAAGAGAGAGCCAACGCAGCACAAGUCAGAGAGUCACAGUGCUGCAGACAAACACCAAUCCAGUGUUUGAAAGCCCAAACUUGGCUGCAGUUGAAAUAUGUAGAGACCCUAGCAGAGAGACCUACUUGGUUCCACCUUCCUGCAAAAGUAUUUGCAAGAAUUACAACGAUCUACAUAUUGCUGGGGGCCAGGUGAUGGCCAUUAAUUCAGUGACUACAGAUUUUCCCCCUGAAAGCAGUUUUGAAUAUGGCCCUUUGCUAAAGUCAUCUGAGAUUCCUUUGCCUAUGGAGGAUUCCAUUUCCACUCAGCCCAGCCACUUUCCCCAAAAACCUAUCCAGCGGUAUUCAUCCUACUGGAGAAUAACCAGCAUCAAAGAGAAAAGCAGCCUGCAAAUGCAGAAGCCUAUUUCUAAUGCAGUGUUGAAUGAGUACCUAGAGCAGAAGGUCGUGGAGUUAUAUAAACAGUACUUUAUGGACACCAUGUAUCAUGACAGUUCUCCUACCCAGAUUCUGGCGUCUGAACUCAUCAUGACCAGUGUGGACCAAAUCAGUCUUCAAGUGUCCAGAGAGAAGAACCUGGAGACCUCAAAAGCCAAAGAUAUAGUCAUUAGCCGCCUAUUACAGUUGGCGUCAACUGAAAUCAGCACUCCUAGUCUCCAUAUUUCUCAGUAUAGCAAUGUAAACCCAUAGAGAGUGUGCUUCCAUUCCUGUCUCUCAUUUACUCAAACCCAAAGCAACACUUUGUUCAUUGAUUCUGAGAAUGUGCAGGAGGGGGUGGUGAAGGGGUGUUAAGAGUUUAAGAAGUAAAGGUCGGCUGAAAGUCAUGUGUGAAUUAAAGGGAAAUCUCAUAGUAGUACACAUGUUGAAGGAAUGUGGGAAAAGGAGCCAUAAGGAAUGAUUUCAAAGAGAGGUUUGUACAGCAGUGAAGCAAAAAUAAAAAUGAUCAAAAAAGAAAAGGUUAUGAUUCAUUCGAAAGAGUAUAGAAACUGAAAAAGAAGAUAAGCCAAGUAAGAAAGAAACACACUAUGGCAAAACUAAAAAAACCAAAAGGUUUCAGGGUAAAGAGUUAAAAAUAUGCUUGUUACCCAAAUAAAUUUCUCCAAGUUGUUUCUUCUCAAGGGCAAUGGACUGUAGAGGGCUGCUAUAUUUGGGUAGAAAGACAGGUUCAAAACAUUUAAAAAAUAUUUGUUUAUAUUUCUUAUCUAUUCUGUAUCAGUAGAUCAUUGAAAGAUAUAUUCUUUGUAAAUAUUAAAACUGCAGCAAGUUGCAAUUGUGUUUUUAUUUUUGUAUGAUUGUCUAGCUACAGCUACAGCCACAAAACAGCCACUCAAAUCUUCUACUUCUGUUUACCAGUGGAGAUGUAGUUUUCUAAAUGGAAAACACCACAUAGUAAACAUUAAACCAUUUAGUUUUAUUUUGCUGUGUAUGAUUUUCUUGGUAGUACUAAGCUUCAAAGGAAAUGAUGAAUCUUAUUUUUCCCAUUUUUUUCUCUUCCUUUUCUCCAUGCCCUCUUGACCUGGGUCCAGGAAGGGGUCUUUCAUAACCUCAGAAUUAGGUUACAAGCCCUAAGGUCCCAUUACAUCAAAUUCUGUAAACUCAUUCACUAGAAUGGUGGCUUCACAAAGGCUUCACUGCUCUGCCCUUUUCCUCUAGCUCAGGGGUUGGCAAACUAUGGCCCAUUGGCCAAAAGUAGCCUGCUGCCUGUUUUUG